CCCAAGGUCCGAAAAUAUUUGAGGAUGGCAAAUCAGCAAUCAAACCGAAGAUGCAAAAGAUUUUCGACUUGGCUACUAAACUCGUGGGCGACACUCUCGAUCUGUCUCUCGUAUAUCUAAUUGCUGUCAAGCCCGCUCCAAAAGCUUCAAGUGAAUCUGAUCAAAGCGUCAUCCUUUCAGGAUAUAAUCUACCCUCACCUCUCCCUGUAUUCGAUUCUAAACUACAUCUACGCGCCCUUCAUGCCGCAGAAGGCGGCUUAUUGUACCAAAACCCUAGUACAGCGGAAUCCGCAGAAGCGGGCCUCAAUUCUGUCGCACUGGAAUCAAACCCAUACGCCUCAGCUAUGAUUAUACGUGUGGGAGAAGAACCCAGUGAAAAUAGUGGAGGAUUUCUAUUGGCCGGCUUUACUAGCGAUGCGAAGCGAGUGAUUGGUGGUGAAGAUGUGUCUUAUAUGAAACAAUUCUCUAGCGAACUGGCUCGAUAUACAGCUAAAUUGAAACUACAAUAAAGCACGAAGUCGCCUGGCUUGGUAGGUGCUGUGUUACGGCAUCAAGUUCAUUCCUAUGGGUUCUCUUGUUCUAGCUUAUCUCCCAUUUAUCCAUUUCAGUGGUGUUUCUUGCUGCUCGGUCCGUUGAAUGGCAUUUUCCUGUUGUACCUGCCGUUGUAUUCCUUUUCUCUUGGUAUACUCAUGUUUCCUUAGCAAUCUUUAAUGAAAACAGAAGCAUAAUUUAUUUGGAAAAGCCU